AGAUAUUCCCGCUUCCGACCUUCAAGUGACAAGCACGUGACUUUUCUGUGAGGAAGCCUAGAACCAUACUUCAAAUCGGUAACGCCCACGACGACGACAACGACAUGUCGACAGGAACAUCGACACCUUCUAGUUCGAAGACACCCACGACAAGCGAUACUGAUAUAGAGCAGCUGCUCUCCCGGGAAGCGUCUGCCUUCCAGCGUGAGCUCGAGGUCGAGCGGAUUCUCAAGGCGUUCAAGCUCAACCCAUAUGAUAUUCUCGACAUAGACGAGUCUUCAAAGCCCGAAGGAAUCAAGCGCAGAUACCGACAGUUGUCUCUCUUCAUCCAUCCUGACAAGACCCCCCACGCUCGUGCUCCAGAUGCAUUCGACCUUCUCAAGAAGGCCGAAUCCGAGCUAUCCGACACUGCCAAACGCGAAGCUCUCGACGCCACAAUUGCGGAGGCGCGCCUACAGCUCCUCCGUAGUCACGGUUUCUCUACGAGCACGCAGGACGAUGAUCUGAAACUUCGAGGACUAGUCCCGUCCUUCAAGGUGCAGUUGCGAGCGAAGGUGAAGGACUUGUUAAUUGAGGAAGAGGUUAGACGCAGGAAAGCGAUAAAGAUGAACCUUGCGAAUGAGGGACUGGAAGCUCGGAAAAAGGAGGAAGAAGUUGCUACAAGGAAACGUAAAGCGGAGGAAGAUAAAACAUGGGAAGAGUCCCGUGAAACCCGUGUUGAUUCGUGGCGGUCAUUCAACAAUACCGCAAAGAAGAAGAAAAAGACGAAGGCCCAGAUCCUUGGAUGAUUCCCUGAACCACCUACAUAUUGGACGCUCCCUAGGUCCGAGCGUUUAGAUCAACACCGUCUUUUCUUGUAACCUAUGGUUCCUGCAAAUGUAAGAGAUAUGCUAUACCACAAAGACAUGCUUUCUGUACCUGACCGUUCAUACGCACGCGUGUGCUCAAAAACGACAAUUCACGCAUAGUUGCAAAAGGAAGACUUCCGCAUAUCCACUUGCCAGGACUCUUGCAGGUCUUUUAUCUGCACAGCGAGGCUCCGUGAUUUGAGGCGAUCAGCUCGGGACUCUCGAAACAGGCAUCAUACUAACUGUCAAUAUCGUGGGAUGCGAGCAUCACUCAUUCUCACCAGACUUGGUCAUCAUCGAUGCGAUCUUUGUGGGACGGGAAAGUAUUCGAGAAGGGCAUUGUAAAG